AUGACCUACCAACCAGCCAUAAUGAGCGCCUCCCUAGGCCGGGCCUGGGUCCACGCCCUCCCCAACAAAAUCACCCAAGCCGCCACCGCUGGCUUCAAGGGAAUCGAAAUCUUCUACGAAGACCUAGACUAUUUCGCGCGAGGAAUAUCACACUCUGAAACACCAUCCCCGGAUGCUCUCCUCAACGCCGCAGACAAAAUCCGCUCUCUCUGCGACUCGGCGGGUCUGGAUAUCAUCGGUCUACAGCCAUUCCUAUUCUACGAGGGACUUAAGGACCGAGAACAACAUAAACGACUGAUUGAGAAGAUGAAGCUAUGGCUACAGAUAGCGAAAAGUCUGGGUACAGACACGAUCCAGAUUCCGGCGAAUUUCUUACCGGCAAAUGAACUCGUUGAUGAUAUCAACGUGAUUGUGUCUGAUCUCCGCGAAGUGGCUGGUAUGGGUCUUACACAGACUCCCGUCGUGAGAUUCGCGUAUGAGAAUCUCUGCUGGAGCACACAUGUCGAUACAGUGCAGAAGCUAUGGGAUGUGGUAAAGCGGGUCGAUAGGUCUAAUUUUGGGAUGUGUUUGGAUACAUUCAACAUUGCUGGACGGGUUUGGGGAGAUCCGGCCGCUGCUGAUGGUAAAGCUGUCGAUGCAGAUGCGGAAUUGGCGAAGGUAAUUGAGUUUAUUGUGAAAGAGGUCGAUGUGGACAAGGUCUUUUAUAUCCAGGUUGUCGAUGCGGAGAGGAUGAGCAGUCCGCUGGUUGAAGGCCAUGAGUUUUAUGUCGAAGGACAGCCGGCGAGGAUGAGUUGGUCGAGGAAUGCGAGGACGUUUAUGUAUGAACAAGAUAGAGGCGCUUAUUUGCCUGUUGAGGAUGUGGCCAGGGCAUUCAUUGAAGGGUUAGGGUACAAGGGGUUUGUCUCGAUGGAGCUGUUCUCCCGGACCAUGAGUGAGGAAGGGGAGGGAGUUCCCGCUGAGCAUGCGCGACGAGGAAUUACAGCUUGGAAGAGGUUACAGGAGCGGUUGCAGUUACAGUAG